UUUUUUUCUACAGCUUUUUUUUGUUUCUUUUCUUUGAGCCAACACAAACAAAACAGCUUCGGCUGCAUUUUCAAUGAACCGACGUGACAACACAGCCUGCUCAUUGUGUUGUUCUCUAUAGGCUGCGGCUGUGUUUCCCCAUCGCCAUUUUCAGCCGCCAGACGGCUCGGUGUAAUAAUGGACACCGACUACUCGUCCGGCUUGGAAAACCCAGUGUACACCGAGCUGAAAUACUUCUGUAGGAAGAUACAGGAGGGCUACAAUGAGCUGAAGGAGGACCUGACACCUUUCCGCGAUGAUCGCUUUUACAGACUGGCACCCAUGCGGCUCUACACCCUGUCCAAGAGACAUUUUGUCUUGGUCUUCGUGUUCUUCCUGUUCUGCUUUGGCCUCACGAUCUUCAUCGGGAUUGCAGGUCCCAAGAUUAUUGCUGAGCAAGAGCACAGUGGAGAUCAGUUACUUCUCAAAAACCUCUCAGUCAAGACUGGGCCCUUCAAUCUCGUGUCUCCUGUCCUCACCACCUACAACCAGCAGCUGUGGCUCACCUGCGUGAUGCAGGUUGAAAACAGCAAUAUGGGAGACUUCCAGCAGCCUUUUGAGAUCAACGUUGAGCUGAAAGGAGUGAUGCAGGAUGCCAGUGUGAUGCACAUCAACAAUGUGCACCAGAAAUCCCGGACGCUACACUGCGGGGCCCAAUGUGAUGAGAUCAUUGUGCUCCAUCUUGGCUAUCUGAACUACACCCAGUACCAGGUCUUGGUCCGCUUCAACGGCCUUCAAAAUAUCACAUAUGAAAUCAAGGUCAAGUUUGUGUGGAAAACAUACAACCCCAGCUUCUCUCAAGUGGAGAUCUGGUUCCGGUUUGUCUUUGUGGUGCUGACAUUUAUGGUGACGUGUCUGUUUGCACACUCACUGAGGAAGUUUUCUAUGAGGGAUUGGGGCAUAGAACAGAAGUGGAUGUCCAUCCUGCUCCCGAUGCUGUUACUCUACAAUGAUCCAUUUUUCCCGCUGUCAUUCCUGGUGAACAGCUGGUUUCCAGGCACGUUAGACACUUUCUUCCAGGCUCUGUUCCUGUGUGCGCUGCUGCUCUUCUGGCUCUGUGUUUAUCAUGGCAUCAGGGUUCAGGGGGAGAGGAAAUGUCUGACGUUCUACCUGCCGAAGCUGAUAAUUGUAGGUCUUCUGUGGCUGUCUGCGGUUACACUGGGCAUUUGGCAAACGGUUAAUGAACUCCAAGACCCUACCUAUCAGUAUAAAGUGGACAUAGUGAACUUCCAGGGCAUGAAGGUCUUCUUCCUGAUCGUAGUUGCCCUCUACAUCCUAUACCUGAUUUUCCUGGUCGUCAGAGCUUGUUCUGAACUCAAGAACAUGCCUUACUCGGAUCUCCGGCUCAGGUUUUUGACAGCUCUGACGUUUGUGGUCCUUGUUAUAAGCAUGGCCAUUCUCUACCUGAGGUUUGGUGCCAAGGCUCUCCAAAACAAUUUUGUUGCUGAACUGUCGACGCAUUACCAAAACUCAGCUGAAUUUUUAUCGUUCUAUGGUCUACUCAACUUUUACUUGUACACAUUGGCAUUUGUGUAUUCCCCCUCCAAAAAUGCACUUUAUGACUCCCAGUUGAAGGAUAAUCCUGCUUUCUCCAUGCUAAAUGACUCGGAUGAUGAAGUAAUAUAUGGGAGUGAUUAUGAAGACAUGCCUUUACAAAACGGACGUGCUAUCAAAGCAACCGCCAAGUACCAGGAUGAGAGUGACAGUGACUGAUGAGGCCUCUGAUUGGCUCGUUGUUCCUUUGUUGUGUCGCUGUUGGAAACUAUGAAAACACAAUACAACAAACUAUCAUGUGUAUGUGUAAAUAAGGAGUAAUUGUAUUGGUAUUAUAAGAUGAUAUACUGUUUGUGUACAUAAGUAUAUUUUUUAAAAAGUUCCACAUCUA